AUGUCAGCAGCGUCUGUUGAAUUUGAACUCACUGAUCUCAUAGACUUUGCAGUAAACCAAGGCAAUGGGGUCAAGGGUCUAUCCAACUUAGGCAUAAAAACCAUCCCUCAGAAAUACAUCUUACCCCCUGAAGAUAGACUAAAUCAGAACCAGAUAGCGCAAGAUGAAUCAAUAGCUGUCAUUGAUGUAUCUAACUGGGAUGAUCCAAAAAUUGCAGCCUCAAUCUGUGAGGCUGCAGCCAAAAGGGGUUGCUUUCAAAUUAUCAAUCAUGGCAUCCCACUUGAGGUUCUUGAAAAUGUAAAGGAAGCUAGGCACAAGUUCUUUGAGUUGCCAGAUGAGGAAAGGAGGAAGUAUUUGAAGGAAAAUUCACCUACUCCCACUGUGCAGUUGAAAACUAGCUUUAGUCCUCUUGCAGAAAAGGUUUUGGAGUGGAAAGAUUAUCUUACGCAUUUGUAUAUUCCAGAUGAUGAGAGUUCAAAAUUAUGGCCUUCUGUGUCCAAAGAUCAAGUAUUGGAGUACAUUAAGUGGGCUAAACCAAUAAUUAGAAAGCUACUUGAGCUGCUUCUAAAGGGACUUAAUGUCAAGAAAAUUGAUGAAACAAUAGAAUCUCAACUCAUGGGUUCCCUCUAUGUCAACCUGGUUUACUAUCCCGUUUGUCCAAACCCUGAGCUUGCUUCUGGAGCUGGUCGACAUUCUGAUAUCUCCGCCAUCACUAUCCUCCUUCAAGAUGAUGUUGGUGGCCUUUUCGUGCAAGGAACAAAAGCUGAUCAGUGGAUCCAUGUAACACCAGUUAAAGGGGCACUGGUAAUCAACAUAGGUGAUGUACUACAAAUUGUGAGCAAUGAUCGUUAUAAGAGCGUUGAACAUCAAGUCACUGUUAAUGGAAGGAGAAACAGGGUUUCAGUGCCUAUAUUUGUUGACCCUGCAGCUGACACAGUUGUUGGUCCAUUUCCAGAAGCCCUGGAGACUCUUAUCGUAACACCAUCUGCGGCAGCAGGACUCAUUUGCCAUAACAUUUGGUGCAAUGCUCGACUUGGUGGAUAUGGCAAUUCUUGCACGGAAAGUUACUCAUUAUGCAAUUCUAAGCGAGAUCGAAAGUACCGCUCCAAAGGGAAACCAGUAAGAAGGGGGGAUAGAGGUAAGAGUGGAGAGAAGACAUGUCCGUACAAGCAGAGAGACAGCAAAAUCAGAAGCAGCAGCUGUGGGGCACCUGACGAAUUGGUAUGA